AUGCCCCCAACAUUUAGGUCCUCCCGGUCAGGGCGCCAACUCGGCGACGGCGUGAAUCGCACCAGAACCGGCCAGAUCGACCACGAUGUCUUCGAGGGACUUCCCGUUCGACGAUGGACGCGCCAGGUUCAAACUGUAUCGCAAGAACCGAAAUCCGACGGGACCGAGUCAGAACCUCCCGGACUAGGUGGGAAGCAAUCCAUCCCUGAGAAUCCAAUGCCCAGGGAUAGUCAUCUACUUGCUCCUAUGAGUCGAGCUCUUCUGCGCGCGGCGCGUUCUGGAUGCAUCUACAUUCGUCAAGCCUCAAAGGACUUUGAAGACGAAGAAAAGGAGACUACGGAUCCGGAAGAACAACAAGUGAUACAGAAUACGGAGCGCAAUUUCUCGAUGCGCAAAUGGGCAACGGUCCCCAAGCAUAUGGAGCCGCCAGAAGUGGAGUUUUUGGCCAAACGACGACCGGGCCUGCCAUCUCUAUACGGGGCCACUGCUGGCGUUGUGGAAGGUGCCAACGGGUCGGUGCCAAUGAGAAAAACUCGGUUCAAGAAAGUUGAUCCAGUGACGGGUAACAUCUCAAUCUACGCAGCAUGGGUUCCUGAAGGACACAAGAUUGAAGGCGAAGUUACCGACGAUGCUCAGUUGGCUGCUGAUAAUAGCAAAGUCACAGUGACUCCCGAGGCGCCCGCCCCGGGUACUGUCAUUGAAGGUGUUGGGGUGGUCAACGCGCAGGGUGUGGUCGUCGCAGAAGCAGGCUCAGCAGCAGUUCUCACUCCCCCAAGGAGACGACCUCCUCCUCCGAAGCGUAAGGCGAAGGGACUCAAGGGCAGGAGAAAGAAGGUCAUGUUUGCCCCAGGUGAAGGAACCGACGCUUCUCUAGUUCAUGGGCCCGGUGCUGGUGUAGGGGAUAAUACAGCAAAAGACACAGACUCGUCGCGAAUGUCGGUGGAUCAAACCACCCAGGAUGAUGAGGAUGACGAUGGUGAAGAGGGCGAGGAAAGCGAUGAUGGCGAGGGAGAUGAGUCCGGGUUUGACGCCAGAACCCCAGAAACUCCAGGCCCGCAACCUAGUACUGAACCGGAGCUGAAGCCGACACCUGGUCCUGUAAUUGAAACAGUCGCUACAUCUGCAUCAGCUACACAAGUGUCAGAGGCUCCAUUGGCGACUAGCUCCGUGCAGCCUCCCACACAUCCAUCUGUGCCCCCUCUCGACGAAUUGUCACGACCGGCCACCGAUUUGUCGAGCUCCAUGCCUGCGAAUAAUCCUAGCGAAGCGAAACUCACGCCGCCUGAAACAAAGGAAGAUGUUCAAAUGACAGAUGCUGCGCCUGCUGAUGAUCGUCUGCCUCCUUCGGCACCGGUUCCUAGCACACAACCACAGACGGUUUCUGAGAUCACUCAGCCAGUCCAUACUGAGAAAUCUCUGUCCCCGCCACAUGCACAACAAGCUCCCGUGAUGGAGCCAACGAACAUCCCAGCGCAACGCCCUGAGGAACUCGCUGUUGAACAGCCGGCAGAGCCAAUGGAUAUAGUCAUGGCUGAAUCAAAUAUGUCGGUCUCCGAACCUGCCCAAGCAGCAACCGAGAGCUUAGAGGUUCCAACAGCAGUGCCGCAACCUCCGCAGGCUGAGGCUCCAGAGGCUGCCACUGUUACCCAGAAUUUAGAACCUCAGCAAGACGCAAACGAGUUCAACCUGUUGGAUAAUUUGGAAGCUAGUCUGAACAAUAUGCCACAGGAGACGCCUCGUGACAGGCAGCAAGGGGUCUCAGAGCAGCGUCCACAGGAUCCCACUCAGGAAGGCGCAGCAGAUCCCAAGCCGGUCGUUCCUUCCCAAGCACCUAUCGAGACGCUGACAGAGCCUCAGCCUGAAGAAACAGCAGAGGAAGCAAGGGAACCUGCACCUGAGGAAACGGCAACCCCAACCAUACCUGCCGCCACCCUACUUGAGCCAGAAGCAACCCCAACCCAGCAACAGGAACAGCGACAACAACAAUCAUUACCGGCACUCCAAUCGUCACCACCAACACAGGCUGAGCAGCAACAACCGCAACGGACACUCGAGCAGGCUUCAGAACCACAUAUACCCUCAGAACCUCUAACCUUCAUCCGAGGUCCUUCAACGAUACCCGAACAAGCCACAACCGAACAACCAGCUCGAAGCCCCCAGGCAUCAGCUCCAGGACAAGCACCAUCAGAAGCUCCAGCUCCGUCCGCGCCAACAGCAGAGCCUCCCAAAGCCCAAGACUCUCCGCUGCCACCGUCAUUCCCGGUGCCUGCAGCAGAGCAACCGCAAGGAACGGAACCCUCACGUGAGGUAGUACCCCAGAAUGCAAACGAACAAUUGGGAGACAAGGUUUCAGCUAAGAUGGACGUUACGCUUCCUGUCCAGACUGUAUCUGAAGCCCAGAUUGCCCAGCCACCUCCUUCGUUUGUUCGGAGCCCUCCUAUUGUUUCUGGGCCCGCCGAGCCUGUGCCUGAGGCCCAGCAUGGAGAGCGACAGGUCGAGGUCGGAUUAGCCCAACAAGGGCAGGAAUAUGAAGCAUGCGGUAAUGCUUCUCUGCCACAAGAUGAGGCAAACAAAAGCUAG